AAGUACUGCGAUAGGGCGGCGGCUCGCGCUCAUGUGACUGCGCGCCAGUGCUUCCAGUAGGAACUUGAGACGGUUGCCUGGUGGCGACGCGACUCGCGCCUUCCCGUCGCGGUGGAGCAAGCGGCCGCUUGACGGAAACAAUAGCCGAGCUCAGCAUGCCGUCGAUUCCCACUUCUCUUUCUCGACUAUCGAGUCAUUUGAGCGACAAUGAGAAGUUGAUUGCGGAGGAAAUCUCAUGCCAUCAUCUUCCGCCGCAGCAUGCCGGCACAUUCAAACCCGAAGCUGCCUCCGCCAGCAGAACCACGUUACAGCCGCAACUUUGACCCAUGGCACUCGGUCGCGGCAGGCCACCAGCGUCCCGAGACGCGAGGGCCGCAGGGAUGGCGCGAGUCUCGAAAUAUGAAGAUGAACAGCCAGUUCCGCGCCGGCAACUCGGGCGGCCCGCGCAUCUCGGACACCGUCGGCCUCGGGUCCGAAGACUUUGACGAGCGCCUGGGGAUGCUCGUUCCCAAGCAGGUCCGGGCUCGCGCCGGGCAUAGCGUCGCCGACAUGCUGCGCAAUCCGGGGUCGAUGCGGCCGGCGUCACGCGCGGCGUCACGCGCGGCGGAGGGGGCAGCAACGGCAGCAUCAUCAAACACCGCUCGGCCACAUGGUCCGGUACCUGUGCUUGGAGCAGAGGAGGGUCGAGAAAACCGGAGAUCCCACGAGAGGGCCGCCGAAGAGCAGCUCGCCUUGGCCCGCCAAGCGGAGGACGAAGCGCGCGAGCCGCGUGAGGCGGACAAGGCGGACAAGGCACAGAAGGCACAAGAGCGCAGGAUCUUUGACGGCCUCGUCGUCUACGUCAACGGCAGCACCCACCCGCUUGUGUCAGACCACAAGCUCAAGCACCUGCUGUCGGAGCACGGGGCGCGCAUGUCGCUGCACCUGGGCCGCCGCCAGGUUACCCACGUCAUCUUGGGCAAGCCGUCCGGCCCGAACGGAGGAGCCGGCGGUGGGCUGGCGGGCGGCAAGCUGGAGAAGGAGAUCCGGCGGGUCGGCGGCAGCGGCAUCAGGUUUGUCGGUGUCGAGUGGUGAGUUUGCCCCAAUUGAUAACCCCCCUCCCCAAUUUCCAACCCCCUG